AUGUCACCAUUUACGUCUGCGUUUCUCGACAAUCCUUCUUUAUUUGAUCCGAGAACGUCAGCUGGAAUGCUUAGUCAUAAAAAUCAUUCAUACUCACUUUUCGCUAUUGUAACCCACAUCGGAGAUUCCUCGGGUGCGGGACACUAUAUUAGUUAUGUUCGAAGAAAUCAGAAUAAAUGGUACAGAUGUGAUGAUCAUCAGAUUAAGGAGGUGCAUUACGGCGAUGUGGUAAUGACAGAGGCUUACCUGCUGUUUUAUCAACUUACUCAACUACGGCUGAAGUAG